GGGAAAUAUAUCGCCGAAACUAUACCAAAUGGAAGCUAUCGAUGACCGUGAAUAUAGAAUUCAUCUGCUUGCGCUCCUUCACUCAUGCCAGUCUAUUUGGCAUGCCACCACACGAAUGAACUAGCUGCUGCUACUAAGAAGCUAUGUACUGGCCCAUUGGAGCCCCCCGCAUAUAUGCAGCAAGUACAAGCAAGGCUCCGAGAGAUCGUACUUUCGAGUUAGACGAUGAUGCAGAAUCCCGCGAGACGACAGAGGGAAGUGGAUCCUUGUUGGAGGCUCCCAGCAUUGGAGGGGAAGGAGAGAAUGAAGGACUAUCCGGUAUUUCUACUCCGGUGACGCCUAUGACGCCCAUGACCCCGGGAAUCAAACCUGUCGAGCAUGACAACCAACGACGGUUCCCGGUGCGGUUCAAUGGCCAUGAUACAACCUUAUCUGCUUCUGCAGACAACGAGCCUCUGCUAUCUCUCAAAAUCUCUCGAACUGGUCAUCUAUUUGCAGUCAUUACCUCCACAUCCUUAACAAUAUGGCAAACAAAGCCAACAGCUAUAUUAGCUGUCGUUGUGAGAUCGAAGAAAUCUUUAAGCACAUACGGACCAAACGUUUCGCUCCUCGUCCGUCCUGACUCCGCCAUCUUUGUAGUUCAAACAACCUCAGGAUACCUGAUUACUUAUACUUUGGCAACGGAUCCAGAUGCUCGAGUGUACCGACCCCAUUUCGCAACUCAUACAAGUGGCCAGACACGCCGGCAGAGCAAUUUCAGUGGGGCUAGAAAUCAGGGCGGUGAUAGGAUCCUCUGGGGUCCUGGAGAAGGCGGAGGAGUGCGUGAAGUUAGUGUACGGUUUCGAAUGGUCAUCAAGGUUGAUGCGGGCAUUGGAAGAGCUUUGGCUUUGGACGAUGAGCUGGUGGUUGCAACUCAGAAACCGGCAGCUGUCCAGUGUAUCAGAUGGACCCCAGACAGCACUGGAAACCAGACUAGCACUGAACUCUUCAGCCGUAUGGACUGGAUGCCGAAGAAAACGAAUGUAACGGAGAUGAUACACGACCGGCCAAUGAACCUAUCAACAUGGAUUACGAAUGAUGGCAAAGCGUAUGCUGUUCAAAGGGUGUCACAACAAAAAGAAGUGGAUGGGCCACAGAAACUUUUUAGAGGUUAUUGCUUCCACGACCCCGAAACUGUUGGAGGUAAUGCUGUAAAGGCGGCAAUAAAUGCACGAUUUUCAUUAAUCGCUGUGGGGUGCACGGAUGGCACUAUUCAGAUCUAUACAGCACGGGAUUAUGUUGGAAAUAUACCUCAAUCUCACAGUCAUAAGGCUUCUGUCUCUCAAUUAUCUUCAGGUCGACUCACGUGUCUGACCUAUUCGCCAGAUGGAUAUUGUCUGUUUGCUGGAUAUGAGAAUGGUUGGGCUAUCUGGAGCGUUUUCGGGAAGCCUGGGGCGAACAGCUUUGUUGCAGACCGACGCAUUUCCGAGGAGCACGAAGAAGGCUGGCUGGAAGGCGUAAGAGAGGCAACAUGGCUAGGUGGAGGAUCAGAAAUUCUAGUUAUUGGCCAAGAGGAUGAUAGAAUCUGGACAAUUGAGAUGGCUCGAAGUGCUAUUACAGGAUGUUACUCGUCUGCAAAUAUCUCGCGAACCCUACUCCAGACGACUUCGAACAUAAUGGUUUAUCGAGGCUAUGACCUACCUGAUCUAACCACGAUAUCAGCAGAGGCAUCUUUAUGGCACACAGCUCAGAUACCAUCAAGCUAUCUAGUAGACCAGUGGCCCAUGCGUUGCUCCGUCAUAGCAGCGGAUGGCAGGUAUGUUGCUGUGGCUGGCCGCCGUGGCCUUGCGCACUACAGUGUAAACAGCGGCCGUUGGAAGACAUUUGUCAACGAAAACAUGGAGAAUGAAUUUCAAGUACGAGGUGGGAUGUGUUGGCAUCAGCAUAUCUUGAUUGCCGCAACUGAAGCAGGCGACUCAUUCGAACUACGACUCUUCUCGAGAGAAACAGCUCUUGAUAGCUCCAUGAUGCUACAUGUGGAACCUUUACCUGCUCCAGUCGUACUUAUCACUUUGACUGGAGACGACUCCUUACUUGUUUACACAUACGACAAUCUCCUCUACCACUAUAUCUUCACAGCUGCAUCUGGUAGUGUGAAACUCAAGAAAGUGGGUCAGAUAACAUUUCAUGGAAUAGUCAGAUCACCUGCUCGUGUCCGAGGCCUGAGCUGGAUACUGCCUGAUGACCAAAUCCUAGACGGAGAUCCUUCUCAUGAUGUGGCUGUGGCUACCUUACUCUUUCUCGUCGAUGGUAAGCUUGUUCUCUUGCAGCCUUCAUUGAAUGAGGAACAAAAGCUCAAAUACGAAAUGCGUGUCAUUGCACCAAACGUCGAAUACUAUAUCUUGAUGAGAGACUUGCCACUUGCUAGCCCCCUGCCGUUACCAGAAUCAGCGGAUAGCUCGAAUGGCAGCCCUUCUGUACAAGACGAAGGAAAUGGCCUACGGGAUUCGCUUUGGAUCUUCGAAGGUAAUGAGAUGAAGCUGUGGACAGAGGUCCAAGACGUCCUCCAAUCUGCUCCCUCCGAAUUAGCUCGCGAGCUGCCACCCAUGAUCUCUAUACCUAUAGAUUUCUAUCCAAUGUCCGCAUUGCUCGGGAAAGGAAUUCUUCUCGGUGUUGAGCCAGAUCUUGUCCAACGUCGUGACAUAAAGUUCGCCUUUUUCAGGUUCACAAUAAGAACAAAUCUGUUCAUACCGCAGGUGCUUCGCUUCCACCUGUCAAGGUUCGAUUCAUCUGCUGCCUUGCAUCUUGCACACAGGUACCAGAAUCUAGAAUAUUUCGCGCAUUCUCUGGAGAUUCUCCUUCACACCGUUCUUGAUGAGGAAGUAGACAAUCCUCCUUCUCCAGAGAACGCUCUCCUGCCCCGUGUGCUGUCCUUCCUAUCAUCUUUUGCCGAGUACCUUGACAUCGUAGUCCAGUGUACGCGGAAAACUGAAGUGCGAUCUUGGCGAACCCUGUUUGCAUACCUUCCACCACCUCAAGAACUUUUCGAGGAGUCUCUGCAAAGGGGCACCUUGAAGACGGCAGGAGGGUAUCUUCUGAUCUUGCACACAUUUGAAGAAUUGAGCUCCAGCUCUGAGCAACUAGUCCGCUUGCUUUCCCGAGCCAAAGAUGAACAAGACUGGGAGCUGUGCAAGGAGCUUGCCCGAUUCCUGACAGCGCUGGAUGAGAGCGGGGCGACGUUGAUUGAGGCUUUGGAGAUGGUUAAUUUAAGAAGCCCCAAGGACGAACGCGAGAACAGUAGCUUUCUCUUCGAAGGAACGAGGCUGAAGGUGCCUCGACCGACGAAGCAUUCUUCCACCACAGAUGGAAGCAGCAACAGCGACGUUGAUGGUGAAAGCAGCGAUGGUCAUAGUCCUAUGAGUCAAGGGGACAGCAAGGAAAGCAGCCCUGCGGACUAUUUCUCACCACAAAGUGAUAUUACAGGCCAAUAGCAUUGUAAAGCAGCAUAGGCGGCGUUACAGGGCAUUGGGAUUUAGCGUAUCAAGGGACAUCUUGAAUAAAAGUUGACUGAUAGAGACAAGACUAUCCUUUAUCCAACCUUUCUAUCCCGGGUCUUGCCUGACUAGUGAUCGUACAAAUUUUUCUCAUGAAGUCUAGGUUAUUUAGUACGAUUU